AUGGCCAGUGGGAAGACGUCGAUAUCUCAACCGGCGGAGAGGGAAGUCCCUCCUGCCCAUGCGACCGCGAGGCUUCUGCAGCAGCUGAUUUCGGUUGCCCUCUUUCGUCCGGUCAAGGAAUUCUGCCUGUACAUUUUGGACAGCAUCAUUACGCUGCUGGUGUUCACUUACCACUCUUUCCUGUUCACUUUCUGGCUUCUGUUGUCUUUGUUCAAGAGGAAGAAACGGCCCUUGCGCACACAGCAAGCAGACAGUGAUAGCAGCGCGGAUGAAGAUUCUGUCUUGAGCGAUGACGGGGGCAGUGAUGUAGAUUCUGAGGACGGGUUUCGCCAAGAUGUCCCGUCUGUUUCUACACUCCCUCGGCGCAUGUCUUUCCCGAGUAGCAACUUGGCGGCAGUGCCCUUCCCGGAGUCCUCGGGAUGUCAACAUCAGAUGAUCACCGUGGCGAUGUACUGUAAAGAGCUUCCGCGACGAGAGGCGCUUAUUCAUAUGUGCCGGAAGCAUGUCUUGAAGUACUUCCGUUUCAGGGCGGUGCCUGUUGUUGGGCGGUGGUCUUCUGAGUGGCGAGAAGUCCCCGUUGACCUCUCGUGGCAUGUCCGCUCCUCGAGUGUUGCAAACAAUGACGAGCUACACUCUUGGCUGGAGGAGGUUAUGGUCAAGGGUUACUCUCCUGAUCGACCUCGGUGGGAAGUACACUUGGUGGAGAAUCGAAGUUGCCAAAGCGAGUUACCGAGUUCGGGCGUCGGGCGCCCAGCGGCCGGCAACAACACGGAUGAAGCUGUGAACGGUUCCGGCAGCAGAUCCGAAGGGAAAGCGACUCGACUUCACCGGCGAGCCAGUUCACGUCAGUCUGAAGGCAAUAAUGAGCCUGCGAUUCCGGCCCGCGCAGAUGAAUCCCAGAAGCAUCUGAUAGCCUUUCGAGUGGAUCACUCGAUUGGAGACGGUGUCUCCCUUGUUCAAGCAGCGUCGAAAGUCGUCACAGAUGCGGAGGGGGUGCCUCUCUACACCCGUGGCGCGUCCGCUGCGUUCAAGGAGAGAGAGGCAGCGAAAAAUCUUUUCAGAUCUCCCAUCAGUUAUCUCCUCCACAAGAUUCGCGGAGGCAUUGCCCGCUGGAGGGCUCGCCUAUUCGGCUCGGAGGGGCUGGCGACAGCCAGGGCGGAGCGUCACCAGACACUCCGAGAAUUCUGUCGCUUUGUGUAUGCCCUUAUCUACGCGCUGAAAGGGCCGCUUCCGGCCUAUGACGCCGAGACUCCAGUGUCGCGUCCACAUGCGUUUCGCAGGGAGUUCGGGCUUAAGUGGAACUCAAAGAGCAGACUGGCCAAGGCACCGCUUGUCUCCCUAGCAUUCGUCAAGGCGAUUCGCCGCGCUGCAGGCGUGCCGCUCAAUGACGUCUUCCUUGCGGCCUUCUCAGGCGCAAUCAGAAGGUACUGUGCCAAGAUGGGAUUUCACGAGUUCGAAAAGGCAGACUCAGCGACCGCCCCUCUCUCUAUAAAGGCGCUCCUUGCAUGCGCCUUCGCAAGGUCUCUGCAGGCGUGCGAUGAUCCGGAACUGGCGCUUCGCAACAGAUUCGUGCUUACAUCUAUUGAGCUCGCCGUGACGCAAGCGACGCCAAAGGAACGCCUACAAGCUACGCACCAGAUCACCAAGUGGAUGAAAGAGUCGAAACAGCCUCUCGUUGACUUCGCGUGCCAGAACGUACUCGGUGGAUAUAUUCUGCCGGUCGGCAUCCGGAAGAAGAUGGCGGCUGAUCUCGUUAACAACCAUUCCUUCGUCUUCGCCAAUGUGCCAGCCUACCCCGAGCACAUCUACGUGGCGGGCGUCCGGAUCGACGAGAUUCAGGUGGCUUUCGUCAAUCUACUUACUCAGGUCGAGAUUUUAUCAUAUGCAGGCCAUGUUGCGUUUUCCAUGGUGUACGACCCAGAUGUUAUCAAGCGCGCGGAUCUUCUGCCCCGGUAUUUUGUUGAGGAGCUGCUUGCGCUGGCCGAAGCCUUCGAGGUGCCGAUUCCCGCUGGAGAAUCUGCUCUGGCACAUUAUGAAGAUUGA